GCAGUAUGGAGCCGGGCCGGCGCUGGGAGCCGUGGGGCGACUACGUGGGGCUGCACGCACUGCUGCGGCGGCUGCUGGAGGAGCGCAGAGCGGCGGCGGAGGCGGAACCCGACGGGGGGACGGCGGAGGGUACGGGGGGGGGGGGGGGGGAGGGGGGGCACCGUCAGUGUGUGGCACUGAUAUGGGGUGUGUGGCACUGUUAUGGGGGGGCACCAUCAGUGUGGCGCUAUUAUGGGGGGUCACCAUCACUGUGUCACCAUCAGUGUGUGUGUGUCACUGUUAAGGGGUGUCACUAUCAGUGUCUGUGUCGCUAUUAUUGGGUGUCACCAUCAGUGUGGCGCUAUUAUGGUGUGUCACCAUUGUGUGUGUGACCAUCCGUGUGUGUGUGUCACUAUUAUGGGGUGUCACCAUUGUGUGUGUGACCAUCAGUGUGUGUGUCACUAUUAUGGGGUGUCACCAUUGUGUGUGUGACCAUCCGUGUGUGUGUGUCACUAUUAUGGGGUGUCACCAUUGUGUGUGUGACCAUCCGUGUGUGUGUGUCACUAUUAUGGGGUGUCACCAUUGUGUGUGUGACCAUCCGUGUGUGUGUGUCACUAUUAUGGGGUGUCACCAUUGUGUGUGUGACCAUCCGUGCGUGUGUGUCACUAUUAUGGGGUGUCACCAUUGUGUGUGUGACCAUCAGUGUGUGUGUCACUAUUAUGGGGUGUCACCAUUGUGUGUGUGACCAUCCGUGUGUGUGUGUCACUAUUAUGGGGUGUCACCAUUGUGUGUGUGACCAUCCGUGCGUGUGUGUCACUAUUAUGGGGUGUCACCAUUGUGUGUGUGACCAUCAGUGUGUGUGUGUCACUAUUAUGGGGUGUCACCAUUGUGUGUGUGACCAUCAGUGUGUGUGUGUCACUACUAUGGGGUGUGACCAUCAUCAUGUGUGUGGGGGGCAGGGAGUGUCACCAUCAGUGUGUGUCACCAUCACUGUGUGUCACUAUCACUGCAGGGGGGGGCAAGGGAUGUCACCAUCACUGGGGGGGGGCAGGGGUGUCACCAUCAGUGUGUGUCACCAUCACUGUGUGUCACCAUCAGUGUACGUCACUAUCAUUGUGUGUCACCAUCACCGUGUGUCACUAUCAUUGUCUCACUAUCAUUGUCUCACUAUCAUUGUCUCACUAUCACCGUGUGCCACCAUCAGUGUGUGUGUCCCCAGGUGUGUCAGCAUCACCCGCUGUGCCACCAUCGCUCGGCGCCUCAGUGUCACACAGCAGCUCACCAACACCCGCUGUGAUGUCACCACAACGCAAUGUGUCACCACGGCCCGUCGUGUCACCACCGGCCAUCUUUGCACCGCCAUCCAUGUCUUCACCAUCCCCGUCACGCAGGAGCUCAGUGUCACCAACGCCUGCUGUGUCACCACGACCUGUUGUGUCACCACGACCCACUGCAUCACCACAACCUUCCACAUCACCACGGCCCGUCGUGUCACCACAAGCAGCUGUGUCACCACAAUCCUCCGUGAUACCACAACCCGUCGUGUCACCGUGGCCCACUGCAUCACCACAGCCGUCCAUAUCACCACGACCUGAUGUGUCACCACGACCCACUGCGUCACCACAGCCCAUCGUAUCACCACAGCCCAUCGUGUCACCACGACCUGAUGUGUCACCACACCUCACUGCAUCACCACGGCCCAUUGUAUCACCACGACCCACUGCAUCACCACGACCCACUGCAUCACCACAGCCCAUCGUGUUACCACGACCCGAUGUGUCACCACGACCCAUUGCAUCACCACGGCCCAUCAUAUCACCACAGCCCAUCGUAUCACCACAGCCCAUCGUAUCACCACAGCCCAUCGUGUCACCACGGCCCACUGCAUCACCACAACCUUCCAUAUCACCACAGCCCAUCGUAUCACCACAGCCCAUCGUGUCCCCACGGCCCACUGCAUCACCACGGCCCGCUGUGUCCCCACGGCGUGCUGUGUCACCACAACGCAUUGCACCACCGCGCCCCUCCGCAUCACCACAACGCAUUGCAUCACUGCGCCCCUCUGCAUCACCACAACGCAUUGCACCACCGCGCCCCUCCGCGUCCCCACAGCCCCCCGCGCCGCCGCCCCCCGCGGUGCCCCCCCGCCCCCCCUCCGGCUGCGCGUUCUGCCGCCACAACGGCGAGUCGCGGCAGGUGUUCUCCAGCCAUGCCCUGAAGGACCCGCAGGGCCGCGUCGUGUGCCCCAUCCUGCGCAGCUACGUGUGCCCGCAGUGCGGCGCCACGCGGGACCGGGCGCACACCCGGCGCUUCUGCCCCCUCACCCCGCGCGGGUACAGCUCCGUCUACUGCGGCCCCGCAGAGGGCUGACGGGACGCAGGCUGUGCUGAGCGCUCCGUGGGACACCAAAGAGCCGGCAGUGGGUGUGCACUGUCACUUGUGCAAGAUCACUUGUGCACCAUCAGUUAGAUGUGCACCGUCAGUUGUGCACCAUCACUUAGAUGCGCACCAUCAGCACUGCUUGUGCACCACUGGCAGCAAUUGUGCACCACUGGUUGUGCACCAUCGGCACAACACAACGGCCGGGCCCCACGCUGGGGCUGCUGUUGGUUGGGUGGACGGAACUGUUGUGGGGUGGGGGGCACUUUGUUGUGUUGGUGUCACACGGGGGCUCUUUGUUGUGCUGUGUCCCUCCUGGUGUCACACGGGGUCACUGCUGUGUUGUGUUGGUGUUACACGGGGGCACUUUGUUGUGUUGUGUUGGUGUCACACGGGGGCACUUUGUUGUGUUGUUGUCACACGAGGGCUCUUUGUUGUGCUGUGUCCCUCCUGGUGUCACCCGGGGUCACUGCUGUGUUGUGUUGGUGUUACACGGGGGCACUUUGUUGUGUUGUGUUGGUGUCACACGAGGGCUCUUUGUUGUGCUGUGUCCCUCCUGGUGUCACCCGCAGUCACCGCUGUGUUGUGUUGGUGUCACACGGGGUCACACUCUGGUGUUGGUGUCACCCGGGAUCACUGCUGUGUUUUGUUGGUGUCACACGGGGUCACACUCUGGUGUUGGUGUCACCUGUGGUCACCGCUGUGUUUUGUUGGUGUCACACGGGGUCACACUCUGGUGUUGGUGUCACCCGGGAUCACUGCUGUGUUUUGUUGGUGUCACACGGGGUCACACUCUGGUGUUGGUGUCACCUGUGGUCACCGCUGUGUUUUGUUGGUGUCACACGGGGUCACACUCUGGUGUUGGUGUCACCUGUGGUCACCGCUGUGUUGUGUUGGUGUCACACGGGGUCACACUCUGGUGUCGGUGCCCCCCCGUGUCCCAGGGGUGGUUUUAUUGGGCCGCUGCAGGUUUUGGUGCCCCCAAUAAAGACUUACAGCCGUCGGCGCUGCUUCA